GCCCAACGGAAUCAGGUGCCAUCUUGCCAAAUAAGUUGCUGGCCUUAUCUUAGUACCAACGGCUUCUCUGCAGGAGUUAUAAGAGGAGUCUCCCGAGACGCUCCACACUGCUUCUGGUGACCAGUCCAUCUCAAGAUGGAGAAAGGCAUCCUUGCAUUAUCCCUCAUCUUCCUCCUCAUCCUUGCAGCUGAGGGAAGCGCCGGAGUAUCCGCAGGGCAUCGUCUCAGGCCUCAUCUCCAGAUACAAGAAGAAUUGCAUGGCAAGAAGGACCUGAAGAUCCAGAGCCCCAGCAGGAGGCUUGGGUUUGGGCUUGGGCUUGGGCACGAGGUGAGGACGGUGGAGAUGAAGCAUCACAGGAGGAUGGUCACAGGGCACAAGGGCGGCAGCAUGGGCGGAGCCGCCGGCGCGGGCGGCGCCGCCGGGGCCGCGGGUGGGCGCAACGUGGGCGGCGGCGGCGCCGUGACGAGGCCUCACAACACCAUGAACGGCGCGGCGGCGCUGCCGGUGCCGGUGGCGUCCGUCCUGGCGCUGGCUCUCGGCUGCUGCGUUGCUCUUUCAGCCUUCGGCUUCUGAAGCUCUUUGCCUUCUUUCAGCUAUGUAUCUGUGAGUUUACAUUAGUAGUGUGCUAAUUUCUCCAUUUGUUUGUUAUUACACUGUGUAAUGUAAUGUCCUACUAUCUGUCAGUACUUAACUAAAUCGUUCAUGACCGUUGUCGAGAGUCCACGUGAUUCUUUUUCCCUUUUUCUCUGUUUUUGUCUCGAACAAUUUCACAUGGCUCUCUAUGAAAGUCCUCUGAAGUUUUCAGAUUUCAUAUGGAAAUACAAUGGAGUUCCCUGCUUGGUUCCUA